CCAUGGGGGUAUCCAAGUAGCAAAAUUAAAAUAAUGAAACAUGGUGAAAAUGGAACAAAAAUUGCGUUUCUUUCACGUCACGGAGUCGGGCACACACUUAAUCCAUCAGAAAUUCCAUCACGUGCAAACAUUGCCGCCUUAAAACACCUAGGUGCAAAAGUGAUAAUCGCCUACUCGGCAGUCGGAUCCCUCCAGCAAGAAAUUAAACCACGCGACUUCGUAAUUCCCUCACAGAUAAUCGACCGCACAAAAGGGAUUCGACCAUCGACUUUUUUUGAAAACGGUAUAGCGGCACAUGCAAUGUUUGGCGAUCCCUUCAAUGCGGAACUAACAAAUAUUAUAUGGUCUGCACGUGAAUCAAUCUUUGGCGACAACAACAAUAAAAGCGACGUCGAUGGUGUCAAUGUAGAAAUGCACAAGGAUAAAACUUUGAUUUGUAUGGAAGGACCACAGUUUUCGACGCGUGCAGAGUCGAGGCUAUAUCGUAGUUGGGGAUGUGAUGUUAUUAAUAUGUCUGCGUUACCGGAAGCAAAGUUAGCACGUGAGGCUGAAAUUGCGUACCAGAUGAUUUGUAUGUCGACCGAUUAUGAUUCCUGGAGAGAGGAGGUUGGGGUGGUGACUGUUGAUGUGGUCGUCAAUAACAUACAAAAGAAUAGCGAGAAUGCGAAAAAGUUAUUGUCUGCUAUUUUACCAGGGAUUGAGCGAGCAUUAGAUGAAGGGAAAUUUGAAGAAAUUGUCGGAACCAUGAAAUUUUCAAGUAUUACUUCUCAGUCCAUGAGAAAUCCAGAAACGCUUAAAAAGUUAGAGUAUAUUUUACCGGGAUUAAAAUUCUCGUCAUUUUUCGCUUAUCCGAUCUUUCUAAUAUUUUUGAUAAUAAUUCUACUAUCGCCACAGCCACCAAAAAAGUUUUUCAUCAAAGACGGAGGAGCCAAGCUCGAGGAACAAAGAAUUUCUGUACUUAAGCCUCCUGAAAUUAUUUCUCUAGGAAAGGAACCCGAUAAAUUGCAGGCGCACGAUAAUUCCAAUGAUGAAGCGACAAAGACAAGGAUUAUGAUGAGCGGAUCGUUAAAACUCGGUGAAAAUUCGUAUGAUCUUUGGUUCUGGCGUGCGGGCUCCUGG